AAAAAAUAUCAUCUUAUGAGAAAUGUUCUAUAUUCUAGUGUUUGGGCUUCACUGCAAUUUAUUCACUGUACUCAUAAACACUUCUUUCUAGCUACCUAUAUCGACAAGAAAUGCCCUUUUACUGGCGAUGUUUCAAUCAGGGGCCGUAUUCUUGCUGGGACGUGCCACAGUGCCAAGAUGAUGAGAACAAUCAUCGUUCGUCGCAACUACCUGCAUUGGGUCAAGAAGUACCAGAGAUAUGAAAAGAGGCAUUCAAACAUUCCAGCACACGUCUCUCCAUGCUUCCGUGUGAAAGAAGGAGAUCAUGUCAUAAUUGGCCAGUGCAGGCCAUUGUCAAAAACGGUGAGGUUCAAUGUUUUGAAGGUGAUCCCAGCUGGUUCUUCCAGUCUCGGGAAGAAGGCAUUUACAGGAAUGUGAGUCUAGGGUUCUGAAUUUCUUGGUUCAAAAAAGUGUUUGGAAAGGCCGUCUGAGACUGUCUUGUUGAAACUAUGGUGAUGUUGACUUGCUGCAAGAGAUUGAUAUAUUUUGUAUUUUACCAGAUGCUAAAUUAUAUUCUCCUAUUAGCCAGUUUUGGAAUUUCUCAAUUUUCUUGAUCAAUUUUAGUAGUUUGGGAUCUCUAUUUUCUUAUCAAACCCUCUUUAGCCACCAACUCUAGUAAGUUCUUAUUUGUAGUUUCAUGAGAGGUGAAUCAACUCUCUUAAAUUUUCAAUCGUUGAUUGGUUGGGUAUCAAAUA